GUUGUUAUUAGCAACUCAUUAAAUUUAGUGGCACUAAAAUAAAGCUCAAGAAACAGCCACAUAAUAACAAUUCAUAGCCAGGAACACGUCUUUGCAUGAACAAUUCAGAACUGUCCCACGUAAUUAAGCACAAAAGUCAAUUAACAAGUACAAAUUGUACAAUCUAUCCUUCUAAGAAAGUUCUGCCAAAAAAAAAUAAUAAUAAAAAAUUCACAGAUUUAAAUAACCAUUCAGAUCCAAACUGUAUGAGUUCCAGACCUCCCCAUUUUAGUUGUCGGAAAAGAUGAUGAAAAUCAGCCCUUUAUUCAUCAUCUCAUCAUCUGUUCUGUUUGUCGCUCUGUUUUCGGCCACUCCAACUUCAGCUCAUUUCUUCCCCAACAUUACUUCAAUCCCGAAAUCUUUAAUCCCAAAUACAACAGCAUGGGACAGGUUUAAUAAACUCGCCGGAUGCGAAUUCGGCCAAAAGCUAGAUGGCUUAUCCAAACUCAAACAAUACUUUCAAAGGUUUGGAUACAUUAACCAAUCCUUCCUUAACUUUACCGAUGAUUUUGACGAUUCUUUAGAAUCGGCCAUAAAGAUUUAUCAGCAGAAUUUCAAUCUCAACGCCACCGGCCAGCUAGACGGGCCCACAUUACAACACAUUACCCGCCCGAGAUGUGGGAACCCGGACAUAGUCAACGGCACGUCUUCCAUGAACUCCGGCAAGGCCGCCGGGAAUACGACUUCCCCCAACAUACACACCGUUGCCCAUUACUCGUUUUUUCCGGGUCGGCCUCGGUGGCCCAGGGGUAAGACGGAGCUGACUUAUGCGUUCCUGCCCGCGAAUCAGGUGGAAGACGUCGUCCGGACGGUGUUCGCUAACGCCUUCGGGAGAUGGUCGGAGGUAACGCCGUUGAAUUUCACCGAGACGUCGUCGUAUAAUGCCGCGGAUAUCAAGAUUGGGAUAUACAGCGGCGACCACAACGACGGGGAACCGUUCGACGGCGUGUUGGGAACUUUGGCCCACGCGUUUUCGCCGCCGAGUGGUUUGUUACAUUUAGAUGGCGACGAGAACUGGGUGAUCGACGGCGACUUCUUGAACGCGCCGUCGUUGGCUUCCGCCGUUGACCUGGAAUCGGUGGUGGUCCACGAGAUCGGGCACUUGUUGGGUUUGGGGCAUUCGUCGGUGGAGGAGUCGAUUAUGUACCCCAGUAUUGCGUCGGUGACCCGGAAAGUGGAACUCACGCCUGAUGACAUUCAGGGGAUCCAGGUGUUGUACGGGUCUAACCCGAAUUCCGACGGGCCACAACCGACGCUCACGCCGAGUAACGAGAAGGAUUCUGGCGGGUCCCAUGGAUUGACGGCGUCAUGGGUCCUACUGACAGCUGGAUUACUAUUGUUGUUGCCGAUGAUUUUAUGAUGAAAAUUACGAAUUUUUUUCCCCAUUCUUGUAAGCAUAGUUCCAUGCUAAUACACAGAUUAGUCCUUAGUCAAUUGCCAUGCAUUGAUUUUUUUGAUGUCAGUUUUGCGGUAAUUCUAUAUUUCAAUUUGAUUGAUUCUAAUGUGGUAGUGUGUUGAUUUUAUUUAUUUUUUUUAUUUUUGCGUAAUUUCAUUUCUUCGCUCAAUAAAUAAUUAUCUAUUUAUAUCAAAAGUUAAAAUUCAAAUUGGAGUAUCAUUUCAGGACGGAGAAGGAAGUAUGAUUUUUAUAAUUAUCAUCAUAUGUCAUAUAUAGCAUGCUCUAAUGAGUUUUGGCAUUUGACUAAUUAUUAUGUGAAAGUUUAUUAGCAUAUUUCUCUAUUGAUUUCAAUUUACAGGUCGAAUAUCGAUGUGAUUGAUCACACAUCUGCAUUUCAUAUGAUGAGUGCUUAAAAAAUGGAACACCCGAAGUUACAUUAUGCCAAACACACAUGGAUAUCACAUGCACACCUUUUGUCUUUUGAGGUGGAUGUUAGUUGUUUCCUAAACGGCAAAAGUUCAAGCUAACAAACAAUGAACACCACAUUCCGUCCUAUAACAAUCAACAA